AUGGCGGCCGCUAUCAAAGCCAUCAAUGCGAAGAUUCGCUCUAACAAAGUCCUCGACUAUGUCUGCUCGACACAUUUUUCGCAAUACCAUACAGACUUCUGGGGCCCAGCCUCCAACUUCGGUAUCCCCUUGGCAGCGGUGAUGGACACGCAGAAAGAUCCUGAAAUCAUCUCCGGAAGAAUGACCGCCGCCUUGACCGUCUACUCGGGCACGUUUAUGCGCUAUGCCCUCGCCGUUACGCCCAAGAACUACCUGCUCUUCCUCUGCCAUGCGAUCAACUUUAGUGCCCAGCUAACGCAGGGAUACCGGUAUUUGAAUUACUGGAACUGGGGAGGUCGAGAAAAGGCUCUUGCUGCAAAGGCCGCACAACAGGGCCAGGAAGCCGGCCAACAAGAAGCCGCGACGCAGUAG